ACAAAAGUUACAGUAUUUAUUAAAUUUAAUUUUUAAGAUAAAAUUUAGGGGUUUUGAUAUUUUUUAGUCGUUUAAUUUUGGUUAGACUAAAAAAACAAAAUGACGGUAAAUUUAGAAGACUAUUUUCGAAGUACUUUUGAAGACAAAUUAUUGGUGAAGAUGCCGGAACGAGAGGACGACCAUCUUACCCCGGCCACAAGGUUGUUGGAGAAACGACGGGAAAUGGCAGAAGUUGAACAAGCUCUUACCGCUCAGAAAGAGGAGUUCCAGAUGAAGAUGGAAAGUUUGCAGCAGAGGAGGGAAGAGUUGGAGAGGAAGGAGCAUCAGCUGAAGGAGUCACUGCUCAAGUUCGAUAAAUUCCUGAAGGAAAACGACUCGAAGCGAGCAAGAGCGAUUAAAAAAGCUCAUGAUGAACGAGAAUUGAGACGGGGAAAAGAAAAAGACAUCGAAAGACUACAGGAAGACAUUGAACGAUUGAGCAAAGAAAGAGAGCGAUAUCAGAAGAAACUUGAAAAGAAUUCAAUCUUCCAGAAAUACAUGGAGCGCGUCCAAGAAUCCACCGAUGAGUUUAGUGAGAUACGCGAGAUAAUUGGCAGAUAUGACACCCUGGUUGCCACCCAUGUUGAUCUCAUGAAAAGAGAUUUAAAAAACCAAGAUGCGAUUGAGGAAGAAAAAGGGAGACUUGUAAAGUUUACCGAAGAGAAAAGCAACGAGAUAUUGUAUUACAACAACCAACUUGCCCAAAUGCAAACUAGGUUGGACCAAGCUCAAAGUAAAGCUGUGAAAUGGGAAAGCAAGUGGACGCACAUACAAAACACGGCUGCAAAGAAAACGUUACUUCUGGGCCAAAUCAAGAUUGCGACUCUCAACUUGUUUCAAUUGGUCAAUAAACAUCUUAAACAGCAAGCCACCGUGCCUAUUGAGAAUACCUCGUUACAACUUGAUAAGAUUCAAAUGUUUAUUCAAGAUUUAAGCCAAAUCACGACUGAAAUUAAACGAGUUGAAGCUGCUGGUCAAGUUGCUUGAAAUCAUUCCAUAUCUUGCUUUAUUAUUGAUAUCAUUAUAACAUGAAUGUAUCAUAGUGAGACGAUUAUCUAACUUCAAGCAUAUUUGUUCCCCCUAAUGUUUUGUAUAUGAGUAUUACAAGUACAGGGUAAGUGGUACAAACCUAGUAUUUUGUAUAAUUGGUGAAGAAACUUCGCUGAUCAAACUGCCUUAUAUUUGAUUCAAUUUAAAGCGACAAAUUAAUUGCAAACUUUGAAACGAUUUACCUAUCUUUCCAGCUAACUGGCAGAUUGAGUUAAAUUCCACGCUUUUCCAAUUAAACAAUCUGUUUUCUUUUCUGGUGAAAAUCUGCUUUUACCAGAUGUAAUCUUUGGUGAUCUUACUUUGUCCUUUCAUAAGCUAACUUUUGUUUCCAUCGAGUGGAUGCCAUAACUUACUGUAGGACCUCACCCAUAUAGAAUUCUCAUAUAGUUAGCCACACCAGAGGAACGGUUAAUAAAAUUUAUUGCGCAACUUAAACUAUGAGGAACGCAGCAAAUAAAAUAAUAAAAUAUUUGA